UUGGAAAGUUUAGUGGAUAACUUUGUCACCCUAAUUAUUGGAGGACAAGAAACAACUGCCAAUCUGCUCUCCUUUGUGGUGAUGGAACUAGCCCAAAAGCCUGAAAUCCUGAAAAAGGCCCAGGAUGAAGCAGAUGAAGUUAUUGGUUCAAAAAUAGAUCUUGAAUUUGAAGAUCUUAAAAAAUUGCAAUAUUUAUCACAGGUUCUAAUGGAGAGUUUAAGAUUAUACUCACCGGCACCGGGAACAUCAAGAGCGGUGGAUGAAGAAAUAAUCCUUCAUGGUGUAAAGAUUCCUGCAAAUGUCACUGUGAUGCUCAACUCAUACGUCAUGGGAAGGAUGGAACAGUUUUACCUGGACCCCCUUGUCUUCAACCCUGAUCGGUUCCACCCUGAUGCAGCAGAG